AUACUCAUAUUUAAUGACACUUGAAGUUGUCAUGCACACAUAUUAAAAGUACAUAUAACUGUUUUUAUACUCUGAUUAAAGAGAGAUUGUGCAAUAACUUUAUACAUCUUCUCUAUAGUGACUCAGGCUAACUCUCAGUGUUAUUACACAGCAGUAUUUGGGGUGGCGCGCCUGCUGCUGUCACCGUGUGUUUUGCUGCUCGGAGCUUUUCGUCCAGAGAUGGCAAGAGACCCGUAGCAGACUGAGGGGCCUGCGCGGCUGGGCAUUUUACCGACAACCGUACCGUGAGAGAUCCGCAGAGACACGGAGAGGAACGCGGAGUGGAGAGGGACAACUGACGAGAGGAAUCAUGGGACACGGAGUGGGCUGAAGCAGAGGGUCGAGCAGUGCACACCAAUCGUUUCCCACUGUGGUGUAUGACAUGGCCACGGCCUCAUCUCGAGCUGAGCCUAGCCAUAACCACAGAGGAACGUCACAGCUCCAUGCCGUUGUUUCCUGUGCCAAAAUCAAGAGGAAGAAGAGUCUGUUUGGGACGGCCAUCUAUGUGGAGUUGACAGCGGAGGGGGAGUCGCGCCGCACGGCGAAGUCUCACAGCUCCUCCAGUCCGAAAUGGGAUGAGAGGCUCACUCUGAAUGUAACACCGCACACACAGGUGGAUUUCAAAGUAUGGAGUCACCACACGCUGAAGGCCGAUGCUCUGCUGGGAAAAGCCACGCUAGACCUCGUCCAAGCCUUGGAGCAGCAUGACAGAAAAUUGGAGAAUGUGAAGGAGGUGCUGAAGUUGAGUGUGGAGCAGAAAGGAGCUGUGGUGCCGACAGGAGAGCUGACUGUUUACCUGGAUGGGCUGACUGUCUCUGACCAGGAGGAGCUGGCCCCGCUCACCAACGGCAACACAGCAAACGGCACCAAAGUCCAACAGAACGGUGAUGCCAUCCAUGAAAAUGGAGACUCCUCUUCCUCUUCCUCAAAGGCCGCCAACAGCUCAGUGAAUGGUACAGAUCUGGGUCUGAAGUCUGGUUCCUGCUCCACCUCCAAUGGUCUGGAUGCUCAGGUGCCUUCAAGCUCCUGCAGUCCCGCCCUCAGUCAUGUGGUCAAUGGGGACGCCACGCCCAACUGCACCCCUGUUCACCAACCCUCAGACAGUGACACUGAAAGCAGGACAGUGAACGGGGAGUCCUGUGAUGCUCCUCUGGGCCCACCGUCUCUUACAUCAGGUGAUGUGCCGCCCCCUAUAGACAGCCAGGAGAACUGCAAUCAAGAAUCCGCCCUACCAGACUCUGACACAGCAACAAACAGCACAUCUCCACCCCUGCUCUCCUCCACACCAGCUCCAGCCUCCACCUCUGCUGCUAAGCCUUCUGAUGGCUCUGCUGCUAGUACUGCUGCUGCUGCUGCUCCUGCUCCAGCUUCCUCCUCCUCCUCCUCCUCCACAAUUACCUCCCCGCCACAGGGAGCCACGGCCGUCACAACCUCUUCUUCAACGUCCUCUUCCUCCCCAGCGCUGGGAGAAGCUAAUGCUUCAGGAGGUGGAGGUGGAAGCAGCAACAGCAGUGCGACUACAACAACAGACGGGGCCAAGCCCAGGCAGCAGAACCCCAGCACGGGGGCCCCAGAUCCUCUUCCACCGGGGUGGGAGCAAAGAAAGGACCCUCAUGGGAGAACGUACUAUGUUGACCACAACACCAGAACUACUACCUGGGAAAGACCACAGCCAUUACCACCAGGCUGGGAGCGCCGCGUGGACGACCGGGGUCGGAUCUAUUAUGUGGACCACAACACCCGGACCACCACGUGGCAGCGACCCACCAUGGAGUCUGUCCGAAACUUUGAGCAGUGGCAGAGCCAGCGCAGCCAGCUGCAGGGAGCUAUGCACCAGUUCAACCAGAGAUACCUCUACUCUGCAUCCAUGAUGUCUGCUGAGAAUGAUCCUCUCGGCCCGCUACCUCCUGGAUGGGAGAGGCGAGUGGACUCCAAUGACCGAGUGUACUUUGUCAACCACAACACCAAGACGACGCAGUGGGAGGACCCACGAACACAAGGGCUACAGAAUGAGGAUCCUCUGCCUGAAGGUUGGGAGAUCCGAUACACAAGGGAAGGCGUUCGCUACUUUGUGGAUCACAACACCAGAACCACCACUUUCAGCGACCCGCGCACCGGAAAGUCCUCUGUCACCAAAGGUCCUCAGAUUGCUUACGAACGCAGCUUCAGGUGGAAGCUUGCACAUUUCCGUUACUUGUGCCAGUCCAACGCUCUCCCCAGCCACGUGAAGAUCACAGUUUCCAGACAGACGCUGUUUGAAGACUCUUUCCAGCAGAUAAUGGCCCUGAAACCUUACGACUUGAGGAGGAGACUCUACGUCAUCUUCAGAGGAGAGGAGGGCCUCGACUACGGUGGAUUAGCUCGAGAGUGGUUCUUCUUGUUGUCCCAUGAAGUGCUUAACCCGAUGUACUGUCUGUUCGAGUAUGCCGGCAAGAGUAACUACUGUCUGCAGAUCAACCCGGCCUCGGCCAUCAACCCCGACCACCUCUCCUACUUCUGCUUCAUCGGACGCUUUAUUGCCAUGGCACUUUUCCACGGAAAGUUCAUCGACACCGGCUUCUCUCUGCCUUUCUAUAAACGAAUGCUGAAUAAGAAGCUGAUCCUCAAAGACCUGGAGUCCAUCGACCCGGAGUUUUACAACUCACUCAUAUGGAUCAGGGACAAUAACAUCGAGGAGUGCGGUCUGGAGAUGUUCUUCUCGGUGGACAUGGAGAUCCUGGGGAAGAUCACGUCACAUGACCUCAAACCUGAUGGAGCCAACGUUCUCGUCACAGAGGAGAACAAGGAGGAGUAUAUUGGUCUGAUGGCAGAGUGGAGGUUCUCCCGCGGGGUCGAAGGUCAGACCAAAGCGUUCCUGGACGGCUUUAACGAGGUGGUUCCUCUUCAGUGGCUGCAGUACUUUGAUGAGAAGGAGCUGGAGGUGAUGCUGUGUGGCAUGCAGGAGGUGGACCUGCAGGACUGGCAGAGGAACACGGUGUAUCGACACUACACCAGGAACAGCAAACAGAUCAUCUGGUUCUGGCAGCUGGUGAAAGAAGUGGACAACGAGGUGCGACUGCGCCUCAUGCAGUUCGUCACAGGAACCUGCAGACUCCCUCUGGGCGGCUUCGCUGAGCUCAUGGGAAGUAACGGUCCUCAGAAGUUCUGCAUUGAGAAGGUGGGGAAGGACACGUGGCUUCCUCGAAGCCACACAUGUUUUAACCGUCUGGACCUGCCUCCCUACAAGAGCUUCGAGCAGCUGAAAGAGAAGCUGCUGUUCGCCAUCGAGGAAACCGAAGGAUUCGGCCAAGAAUAGAGGGACGAGUCCUCGAGUUUUUCCUCUCCCUCACCCAUCGCUGAUUAUUCAGCCAAGUAAAACAGAAAAAUUGCACAAGAUAACCACCAAUGUAUAUAAGCUAUUUUGUCAUUUUAAACCAAAUCUUAAUUUGCAGCAUUAUUUAUGCAGCAGCCCUGAAAUACUAUCUUACCCUCCCCCAUCAUGAAAUAUGCAAGCAUUUCAGCUCGUCUGUUUAAAAACAGAAACCAUGGAUAUUUUUUUAAUUUCCUCCCUCUGCUGACUGGCUUUUUAAAAAAGAGACUCAAGUGUUUUUGAGAGGAUUUUAUAGUGACAGCGUGAUCUUCGUUUAAAGCUCUAGUUCUAUAGAGCUUCUAAAAAAAAGAGAGAGUAGUGUCGGGGUCCGGUGCCUGAAUUUUCUUUUUCUCCCCCCCGUGGACUCGUAGAAAAUGUUGAGAUUCUUUGUGUGCUUGCAUGGCUGCCUCUGAAGACGAGAAGACUGGUGUGAGCGCCCUCCACCCCACACACACACACACACACACACACACACACACACACACACACACACACACACACACACACACAAACACACACAAAAUAAGACAUUUAACACUCAAGCUCUGAAUCUUUGUGAGCUUUGCUUUUAACAUUAUCAACAAAAAGCAGCAACCUUAGAUUCUGGCUGCCAUCCCACAGAGAGACACACGAUCAGAUCCUCCAGUAUGUGUUCGGACAAGAGAAGAAGAAAGACUCAGUGAUGAAGUUCCUGAUUUAUCAAGAGGAGCGCAGGGACUGGAGGAAAAUGUUCCAUAUAGAAGUAAAAGAGCGAUUUGUGAGUGUGUGUGUGAGUGUGUGUGUGUGUGUUUGUGCCUCAUAGCUCUGAUGUUUGAGCCACAGACUCUGGACGUGAUCCAGGACUUUUAAUUUAAAGAUUGAGCUUUUUUUUUGGAAAAGUGUCGCAACAAAUGAGACGAAGAACAGACGACCUGGCUCAGUGGGUUCUGUGUUUCUGUUUUGUUUUCUUUGCCUCCUUAAAUUUUGAGUCUCCAGCCUGAUGAAGCCACUUUAUAACACGAGGAUCUCAUUAUUUUAAAGGGGGAUUCUUGUCUUUCAAUAUCUGUGCCCUAUUUUUUGUUGUAUUGGGGUUUAAAUGACUAAUUUGACUAUUUUGGAAUUGCUCGUGUAGAUUUCUUCAACCAGCAGUAGUGAAACUGACAUCCACUGAAACUGCUACAUUUGCUGUUUGCUACAUAAAUAUUGUCUUGGAGCCAAACUAAAUAUUUAGAAAGUUAAAGUCACAGAAUGAGGAAAACUAAGCAGAAGAGUAGCAGCUCCCUCGCUCUGAGCUAACACAGAAGAUGUAACAGCUGUUUCCGGCUCCUCCUUUCUGCAAUGUUAUCAGUUAACACUUGACCCUUUUUCAUAUAUGCACUGAUCUCCGUCCUGAAAAUGUUCCAAAGACGCUUGUUCACACACGUUCCUCACAGCGUGAAGUCUUCCCUGUCAGAGGAGGAGUGUCCUAGCUGCACGUUACAGAAGUAAUAACCCUCGCCUACUCGCUCAUGGAGAAUAAACCUGCUGCUUUCUCACAUCCGCUUUCCCCAACUUCUUGCAGACAUCUUACAAGGGGAGUUUUGUUCUCAUGUGAGUACAGUCAGAGAAUAGCCCAACUGAAAAAACAUUUUUUUGAUAGGUGUGCAUUGUUGAAGUUGAAUGUACAUCAAGGAUUAUGAUGCAGCCAUUACAGCCUGCUUCACGGCUGCAGGAUGAAGAAAUCUACCGGAGCAAUUUCAGAACAUUUUGUACCUUUUAGUCAUUUAGACCUCAAAAUAUGUUCAAAACUAACAAAAAAAUCAUAUUAAUGAUAUCAUACGUGGCCGUGGCUGAACAUGUCAGAACUCCUUGCAGUCGUUACUUCACUAUGGUUAAUUAAACUUCAGUGCGUCUUGAUGACCGUAAAAUGAUGUGAGUAGAAAAUGACAGUUUAACCUUUAAAAUCAAAGAUUAGGAUAUUUCAGCUCGGACUCUCUCUUAGUUUUCUAUCUAACUCAUUGAUCUAAGAGGAGAUCAGAGGCCCUGACAUGAAAAUAUGUUAAACUAUCACAUCUUGAAUGACUUGAAGCACAUUUCAUCCUGUACAGUGACACUUCAGGCAGCACAGAGAGCAGACAGGCUGAGUGAAAGAAAACAAACACAUUUUAAGGGCUCCACUACAGUUUUUAUUGUUUUUAGUGUUAAGUUGGUCGCACACCUGCACCGUAUCAUAAAGACAAAAAAACAAAAACAACAGUGCUGCAUACAGUGCAUAUUGUACGGCCAACAGUGUGACUACAGGGAUCACAUGAUUGCAUAGAAUCAGCCCAUGCUCAGUCACUCUCAGGUUUUGUGCUGUAAUGAGAAAGCCUUAAUGUUAUACAGACGUCUGUUUAUAUCAGUGAGCUGUGCAAGAGCCUGAUCCACAUGAUCCACAUGAUCCACAAGAUCCACAUGAUCCACAUGAUCCACAUGAUCCACAUGAUCCACAUGAUCCACAUGAUCCACAUGAUCCACAUGAUCCACAUGAAGAGACAAGAAAACUGAAUGAGACACUAACACAACACAGACCAAAAACAUGUGCAAACCUCCCACAGCCGGAGACUGACAGCAGCAAGUCUGAAGAAGGAGGAGGAGGAGGAGGAGGAGGAGGAGGAGGAUGACGAUGACGAUGAUGAUGAUGCAUCGCUUUCUGUUUUUACUUUUGCACCCCGCUUGGCCUCUCAGCUUCUGGAGACGUCUCAUAAAAGUCAAACUGUGGUGCUUCUUCUUUCAGUUUGUGGUCUGAACGCAGGAUGAAGAGGCGCAAGCCCCAACCUCUUUAGUCAUCUCUUGCAGGAGGAGCUCACGAUCGCUCAGAUUAUCAGCCGUGUAAAUAACAUGUUCUCAUGUGGAGGGACGAGCGUGUGAAGACAAACAUCCACUGUAGCAAAAGGAGUCCAAACUGCAGAACUUUGUGCUUCCUUUUGAACAGAAACUUGUAAUCAAAGAAAUCAAACUGUGUCUGUGAAUAUUCAUGUAUAAAGAAAAUGAAAGUAAAUAAAGUACUUAAAUAUUAUAAUGAAUUACACAGAGCCGCCGCUCCAUUGAUGGAAAUCUGUGAUGCCUUUGUUCUUAUCAGAAACAGACGGGACGUUUCAGGCCGCCUCCAUCACAGACAGUGACUGCAGAGAGUGUGUUACCUGCUCAGGUGUGUUACCUGUUUCUUUGUGAAGCUGUUUGUCCUCUCAGUGACGCUGCAGGGAGCUUGUGUCUGUGCUGCAGGCCGUGUGAAACAUGUCCAAACUGUAACAUAUCGCGUGUAGAUACACACUGUAUACACACACCACACUGUACAGAAUGCCCCUUUACUGGAGACCAUGUGUAUAGAAGAUUCAUUUUUAAUCUGCUUUCAGCCAUUUUAAUGAAGAGAGAUGGAUUUAUGAGAAACAAAUAAAUAAGAGAAUAAACCCCUCCAU